CAAGAACGUGAAGAACUCUUACCUUCUCGCACUGGCCUCGCCAACGUGAACCUGCACUGGGGACGGCAGAUCGGAAUGUCGUCCAGAGUAGCUCUCCUACUGCCCUUUUUCCUUCCUGUACACUGUACUGGCGGUAUGUUCGGUCGCCGCAAAAAAACACCCAGAACCCUGCUGGCCAAUGUGGCAUACCACAUGGAUGAAAGAAGGAUGGACCUGCCCUUUUCAGAGAGCUUUCUUAAGCUACUGACUGCAAGACAACUAGCACAGGACGCGGUGCUGGAGAGCGAAGAGUCGGGAAAGGGCGAAGACAGCAUGGCCUCGGGGGUUCCAGGUCUAAAGGAAUUUACGGAAGUGUAUCCCGAACAGGGUGCCUUCUUCCAACGUUGCCUGACUUACCUCAAGUACCGCAGGGCCAACAUUAUGACCACCGAGCAGGUGGAACAGUUGGAGCAGAACAUAUUUUCCGCCAAACUAUCCGACCUGUAUCUUACAAUGGAGUUUCCGGCUAUCUGCACGACGUUUGGCGUCAACUCUUUCCCACUACGAGAUAACUACGAAUGGGAAACCCUGGAGGGCGCAACAACUAAUGCCAACUUCGUAAUCAAUGAGGACUGCGAGUCGCCACUAAUAACUACUGAAAACCUCGAGACGUACAUUCAUCGGACCGUCUCAUUCGCCAUGGACAAGGGCAUCCGGCGGCAGAUGGAAGCCUUCAAGCGUGAGUUUUCUUGA